CUCCGCAUACAGCCUCGAUAAGACACAACAGCUUUGGAACGAUUGGGGUUACGGGAGUCGCGUCAUAAUCAUUACAGAACUUUAAUAUGCCGCGUAUACCAGUACGAGUCGAGCCGUACUCGAGCCCGGCACGGCAACACCGCCACUUCAAGAACAAACGUGACCAAAUACUUCGCGCACUCGGAAAAGCCUCAUAUAUCAAUGGCUCUCAGUUCGCUAUCCUAUGGGUGAAUUCCCGUGGUGACUCGGAGAUGUAUGCGUCUCAAGUCUUUCAACAAAAGCUCUCGGCAUGGUUCAACGACCAGGUUCUCGCCGAGGCGAAAGAACUUGUUGCGCAUAACAGUUCUGCAGAGACGGAGGCGAAGGCGGAAAGGAUGAACUACGAGGAUAUGUUUGGACCUGCUGAGAAGGAAGAAGACAUGAGUGGCGACGAAGAGUUUGGUGAAGACGACAGCUUGAAUAUGGAAGCAGGACCGCCGAAGAUGAACUUUGCCACGGCUGCCCCAAAGUUGGGAAUCAGGCAACCGGUGGCGUAUCUCGCGAAUAACCAGCUACGCGCCCAGGGUCUCCGCCGGACUUUCUCGAUGCCUGGCGCAAUGCCUGAAGUCCAUCAUCCCGCGUCCGCGGCAGCUGCCGCUGCUGCUGCGUCUCUUCACCUUUCCCAGUCUCAACCGCACCGACCUGCACCACUUAACCUCAGCCAGAGUUCAAAUGCCUCUCUUGACGCCGGUCUGCCGUUGUCGGGAAGCAUCGAAUACAAGCCUCUCACUAUCGGCAACACCGAUGAAGUCACGCAGUUCAUGGAGACGCGUUUCCGUCAACUACAACAAAUGGUGUGCAAGAUUGUUUCGAAGGCAUGGAUCAAGAUCAUCGAACCGAGAAAACAGACGCGAUAUCCCUACAACAAAGGAGAAGACUCCAGACCAGACUGGUGGCCGCAUGAUGUUAGACACAAAGAACCGGACCAUCUGAUGAAGCCGGAGAGGAUAAAGUUAUUGAUGACAAUGUUGCGAUGCGGGAAGGUUCCGGUGAACAGAUUGGAAUUGGCGACCGCUGAGGUUGGCGCUUUCAUUCCGCAAGAUAAGACCGGGCUGCUGAAGGAGAUUUACCGCGUGGCUCGUGAGGAGGAGCGGCUCCGUAAUGGAGAAAUUGACGCCCAGUCGAAGGUGUACGUUGCUUCCACAGCCGCUGGAUCGCCUGUCGCUGGAGAAGAUGUACCCAGUCCGAUCUACGUGGAGCCUCCGGUGCGCACGUCACAGAGUGAUUCUUUCCCGAUGCACGUUCAUCAGAAGGUGGAUCGGGCAAGGAGUGCUGCUCCGGCGUUCCCCAUGGAAGACGCGCAAAAUCCCUUCCAAGUACCAGGGCAAAUAGAAAUCAAGAGGAGGAAGGUGUCGAAUCCGAAAAUGAAUGCAUAUGCCAUGCCUUCAAUUCAAGAGGAGCGUCACUACCCCCACAGCAUGAAUAUGGGCAUGGGCGGCAUGGGGUCACAGGUACAGAGUCUUGAUGUUGGACAGGGGAUGGUGCCACCAGGGUAUUACCAGAUGCAGGAAACUCAGACUGGUCAAGCGGCGAUUUAUGGAAGGCGAAGGGUACCUGAACAGGGCCAUCAGCAACAACAACAACACCAGCAGCAGCAGCAGCAAAUGCAGAGCCAAGAUAUGGGCAUGAUGUACCCGCAACAGAUGAUGGUUCAACAGGGUAUCAAUAUGCAGCAGGGUCAGGUCAGUGGACAGGGAAUGACUAUUGAUCAGGCUGCCCAGUAUUAUGCUGCGACGGGGGUGUGGCCAUCUGAGUUUCCACCACCGAGUCCACCGCCUACGGGGAUGUUUGGAGUGGGUGCUGGUGUCGGCUAUGAGGGAGGUAUUCCCAGAGCUAGUCCUACCACGAUGGGCCAGUAUUCCGCUGCUGCAUUCAACCCUGUCAGCUUGAACGCGCCGAUCGUUCCUAGUCCACUCAGUCAACGACAGUUUCAGCGUGAUUACCAACAACCAGCGCCGACGCCACAAAAGUCGCAGUUGAACCAAAGUCAUCUGAAGUCCAGUCCUACGUUACCUACGCCGCUCAGGGGUGGUGUAAUCAGUUUCUCGGAGUUUUUGAACAGUCCCAUGACAGGGCGGAGUAAUGGGAGAGGUGGAGAGGGUGACGUGGGAGGUGAUUGUGACAACACCGAGCUGGAGAUUCCGGAGGAUGCGAGGGAAGAAGGAGAAGACGAUCAUUGAGUGGAGUGCGAUGCAUGAUACACAUGAGAGACGAAAAUACACGACAAUAUACAGCUGGCUGUGGGGGAUGCUACGAUAAUCGCUAAUAUUGCUAUACCCGGCACAUUGUGGAUCCGGAGGCGGAAGAUGGAGUAGGAUUUUGGAUGCGUUUCUUAUUUGAGAUCUGGCGGGCAUCUUUGCUAAAGACUUG